AUGGAAAAGCCCCAGCUCCUCAAGAAGAGAAAAGUGUUGCGCACACAGGUAACAACCCUCGUUCAUGACAUCGAACAGCGUAUAGCAACAACCGACUGCUACCUUACCGAUUUGAAGGAACGUUUAGAGCGUCUCAACAACGUCAACGCUCUUCUUAAGGACGUAGACUCCCAAAUCGAAUCUUUAUUAACAGAGGAGGAGUUUGAAGAAGAGCGAAUGAGUCAUUGCUACUCAAGACAAACGCUUCAGCGACUGUACAAAAACGCAGAACAUUAUGAUUCAACCGAUCGCACGUCUGAGACGAGUCGAGAAGAUGUCCAACCAUCACAAGCCAACAAUGCACGACGUACGGAAUACGGUGCUGUACGACUUCCUAAACUGGAGUUAAUGGAGUUUGACGGAAGACGACACAGAUGGCAACAGUUCUGGAGACAGUUCCAGUCUACGAUACAUGAAAACCGCAGUUUGUCCAAUGCGGACAAGAUGAAUUACCUGAUGGCGGCAUUACAAGGCGAGGCCGCAAACGCAGUGCAAGGGUUGCAAUUAACGUCGGGUACUUACGACACUGCAAUCAGCAUAUUACGUGAGCGGUUUGGCAAUGACCAUCUCAUGAUACAGGAGCAUUUACAGAAACUUGCCGAUAUAGAACCUGUACGAUCAAGUCGUCAAGUAUAUCUACUACGCAAGUUACAUGAUACGAUCCAGGCUCAUAUCAGAGGACUGCAGGGCCUUGGAACAACGAUGGAGUCAUACUGCUCUAUGGUAUACCCAGUACUGCUCAGAGCACUUCCGAACGACAUGGCGCUGCAGUUCCACAGAAGGAUCGACGAUAAUGUCACGCGAACACAAAGCAUUGCUGGAGAAUCGUCGACAUCCACAGCUGCUUCGUAUCAUAAAGAAGUUCGCCAGUUACUCAUCACCUAUCUCGGGAAUGAGGUCAGAUAUCGCGAGGAGCUCAAUCCGCGAACUUCCGACCAUGCCGCAAUCGCAAUGCAGAAGCAGUCGAAAGAGAAUAAUUACAAUAGAACUAGUAGGCAAACGGAAGCUCCCGUAACAACAUUGCACAGCGUGACCAAGCAUGGAAAACGACAGUCAUGCGUCUUUUGCAACGAUACAGAGCAUAACACUACAAAAUGUACUAGCUGCAAGUCGCUAGAUGAGAAGAAGAGAACGCUGGCAAUGCGGCAUCUAUGCUUUAGAUGCACGAAGCCCAAUCACUUUGCAAAGCAGUGCAGAAGUAAUCCAAGAUGCGCAACAUGUUCCGGACGCCACGCAUCCAGCAUGUGUGAUCCUGAAUCCUGCGAAAAAAGUCACACGCUGCAUCACAAACCGCGGCACAGGUUACCCUUAAAAGUACUGUCGCUGAGACAACUCAUCGUACCGUAUUAUUGCAAACUGCGACAGCUCUGGCUAGAAGAAAGGUCAGUACGACUGAUAUUCGAUGGCUGCAGUCAAAGAACAUUUAUUAACAGAAGCUUAUACGAACAGAAGCUUAUCAAGAAAAUACAAACAGAAAGGGUCUCUAUCGGAUCUUUUGGUAGCCAAGCGAGCCGCUCACAGCUACUUUCACUUGAGGAAUACAUCUGCGGAUACAUCUGCGGACAUGCAACAGAGAGUCAUUGCAUUAGUAGUCGAACAGAUCUGCGCCCAGAAUCUAGAAGCACCAAUAACAGUACUCCACGACGAGAUGCAGGAGCAUGGUCUUGUAAUGGCAGAUUCGUCGACAGCCAUCAAGGUGAACAGGUUGCUAUACUGAUCGGAGCAGACUAUUACUGGGCAUUCGCCACCGAAAGAACCCACAAAUUGCAAAAUGGAGUGCAAGCCGUGGAAACAACGCUGGGCUGGACUCUGCAAGGCCCUUACGCUCACACGAGCGCAUUGCAUUCGACCACCUGCAAUAACAUCACGGUGCUCCGACUGGACACACUCUCGAAAGUGGAGAUAACAAGAAUGAUGGACCAAAUAUGGAUUCUCGAGGGAGUCGGUAUUCAAAAGCACGAGAUAGAAAAAAUGCAUCCUGUAAUGGAAAAUUUCGAACGAACAAUUGAAUACAAAGGAGGCAGAUGCGUGGCUGCUCUACCGUGGAAAGAGGAAGUCUCAAUGGAAGACAACAAAGGUAUCGCAUUGAGACGGCUCUCACAGGUUACCAGGAGACUCAUGAAACCUUCGCAAUCGAUGACAGACUACGAUACUGCAAUUCGCGAAUAUAUCGAGUCUGGCGUCGCAGAGAGGGUUAUAGAAUCUACUGGAACUGCAAAUAAGACAGGACAUACUUAUUACAUGCCACACCACGCAGUGGUAAAGGAAGACUGUAUAACGACUAAAAUAAUGAUCGUCUUCGAUGCCCCGGCGCAUGAAGCUUUCACCAAGUCAUUGAACGAAAACUUGCACGCUGGUCCAAACCUCAACCCGGACAUAAUGACGGUGAUAUUAAACUUCAGGCUAUACCCAAUGGCAUUGAUCAGCGACGUACAAAAGGCGUUCCUCCAAAUGGUACGAAACGACACCCAGGCAAGGGGAACCAAUGCUUAG